UUCGUCGGAGUCCCUGCUGUCUGAUGUGGAGACCCCCAGCCAGGUGCCCCCUGCCCACCCUGGUGGGGAGGGGGACGAAGGCUUUGGGCCAGAAGGGGAGGAGGAACCAGGAGGGAGCCUGGCCUUUGCCCAUGGCUGUGACAGCAUCUCCAUUGCGAGCUCCAGCACAGGCUCCCUGCGGCCCCGGCGCCGGCCCAGCCUGGAGCAGGAGGAUACAGCCUCUCUGCUGGCCACCGGCUCCCCAGGCUCCCUGCGGCCCCGGCGCCGGCCCAGCCUGGAGCAGGAGGAUACAGCCUCUCUGCUGGCCACCGGCUCCGAGAAGAAGCACAGGGGAUUUGUCAGGGGCCAGGGCAGGCCGAGGGCACUGGGGUCCUGGCUCACUCUGUCCCCACAGGCGCAGGAGGACUCCGAGCGGCUGCGCAGCAUCGUGCUGCCCAUGGAGGAGGAGAUUGCCCAGCUCAAGAGCAAACUCUCACGGGCUGAGGACCUGAUCCGGGGACUGCAGGGGCCUGAGGGCUCACUCUGCAGUUCGUCGGAGUCCCUGCUGUCUGAUGUGGAGACCCCCAGCCAGGUGCCCCCUGCCCACCCUGGUGGGGAGGGGGACGAAGGCUUUGGGCCAGAAGGGGAGGAGGAACCAGGAGGGAGCCUGGCCUUUGCCCAUGGCUGUGACAGCAUCUCCAUUGCGAGCUCCAGCACAGGCUCCCUGCGGCCCCGGCGCCGGCCCAGCCUGGAGCAGGAGGAUACAGCCUCUCUGCUGUCCACCGGCACCCUGGUGCCUGAGAGCAUCUACCUGCCACCCCCUGGCUUCCAGCUGGUGCCUGACAGAGAGUGGGCGCAGCUGCAGCUCGAGGUCAAGCAGUACCAGGAGUCCCUGCAGCAGCUGGAGGUGGUGACCCAGGAGAAGCGGGGACUGCAGGAGGCACUGAGACGGAGCAGUGAGGACUGUGCCAAGCAGGUGCUGGUGCUGCUGGAUCAGAUCCAGAACUCGGAGCAGCUGCUGCAGAACCUGCAGGCGACCGUGUGGCAGACCCAGCACCGGACCCAGGAGCAGAUAGCUGACCUGGCAUCAUCCCACAAGCGGCUGAGCUACGAGGUGCAGCGGCUGAGCGAGGAGAAUGAAGGCCUGCGGGGCUCCCGUGCCCCCCUGACGCCCACGGAGCAGCCCUCGCUGCCCAGCUCUGUGCAGGAGCUGCAGGCACUGGUGUGGUGGCGGGGGGUAUGAAUGGGUGCCAGGGUACAGCUGGGCGGGGAGGGGAGCAGCUGAGCACAGUGGGGGUGGAGGUACAGCUCGCUCUCCCCCCCAGGAGCUGCAGGCACUGGUGUGGUGGCGGGGGGUAUGAAUGGGUGCCAGGGUACAGCUGGGCGGGGAGGGGAGCAGCUGAGCACAGUGGGGG